AUGGGCCAAGAUUCAGCUCAAGAUAGAAUGAAGGACUUGCUUCAUGCUCUUCGACAGCUGGACGGCAGCGACGUGCUCGUCAUCCAAGACCAGUUGGAUAUCACGUGUGGUGUGAUCAUGCAGACGAAGGUACAGAAGAUGAUGUUCGAUCGGUGGGGGGAAAACUUGACGAUGAACUUCACUCACUCUACAAACAACAUUGGCUACCAUUUGGGAAGUUUGGUCGUCACUACGUGUACGGGCAGAGGUUUCCCUGUAGUAGACUUCAUGUGCCUGAACGAGAACGCAGUCACGAUUAGUUCGAUCAUGGAAUAUUUCAAGGAAAAGAAUCCGGGAUGGAAAGACGUCACGAGCGUGGUGAUCGACAAAGAUUUCUUUCAUGCUAUAACCUACUGGAAAAAGGUGGUGAAACGUAAAGAAUUCCGGCUGAGGGUUGCUGAUAGAGAAGAUUUACUCGAUUUGAUGACGAAGUUGCUCUACUGUCGAACGCAGGACGCGUAUCAAUCCGGCUAUGAUGCGCUGAAGGAAUACUGCAGAGCUGCAAGGAAAAACGCGUUCUCCGCCUAUUUCGAGAAAAACUGGCAUUCCUGUCGCAUUAUGUGGUCGAACUACGCGCGCGGGAAACACUUUACUGCUGGGAAUACGACCACUAACAGGAUCGAGUCUAACUGGAAAUACUUGAAGAUGCUUCUCGGGCUCAAGAAAAGAAUUGACAAGACAUUGGCGGGCUUACUCCAGCACCAGAUGAUUAUUACGCGUCAGAUAGUAUCUGCAAUUGAGAAGCAGCAUUCAUCAUCUCGAUUGCCGAAGACUGUGCCUUCAUUCUUGCGAGCGGUGGCAAGGAGGCUUUCACCGUACAUGUUGGAGAAAGUAAAAAAUGAAUGGGAGGGAUUCGUGAAUGGGAAGGAAAGAACAACUUGCAUGCAUGAGGAACCAGUUUCGAAAUGGAAAGUUAUUAUUCACACAAAGUUUACGACGAGCGAGGGCCAUGGAUUUCAGAUACUACCUGGUAUCUCAGUCCAUGAGAGCUGGAGUACUUUUGAAGCGCUAGACGUCAAGGAUGAACUGACUUCUGCGGCCAACGCCCUACAACCUAUUGUGAACAUGUCAAAGUUAAAGUUGCCGAAGCGCAUAAGGUUGCCGGACAGUAGUGACCAAUCAGCUGAGGAACGGAAGUCGCACACGCCGUCACAUGAUAAGAGAGAAGUUGUAUAUAUUCGACUACGCCGGGAUGAACGUGCCAAACAAGUUGUGCUUACGUCAGCUGAAAAAUAUUCAUACGCGAAGGCGAUGAGGGAAGCUGCUACUGCUAACACUAGGGACAUUGGCGACAACGAAGACGAUGAGGCCGAAGCUGAGCUGUACUCGUUUCUAAAUCCUCCUACUGAUCUGGCUACAACUAAUCUCAUGAAUGCGCUACAAAAUACGGAAGGUGUGACAGAUGGUAGCAGCGAUGGUGAGCCCAUACCACAAACGCAGAAAGCAGAGGUUUCUCCAGUGGAUUCAGAAGAAGUUUUGAGCGUGGAAGAUAACGCGAACCAGCAGCAACCCCUCAAACGUCUCGUUUUGCAAGUUUCUGUGAACCCUAAUAAAGGUGAACACGUCGGGCUUGAACAAGCCGAUACACCGACACCUCCAGGUUCAGACGUACCAGCUCGACAAGUGGAUAUUAUAAACGUUCCAAAGCCGAAGACGAAAGAAAAAAAAACACGAUCAAACCCCAAGCAACUGAGACAGACAAAGAUUGCGACUCGUCUCGCCGUGCACAAGUACCCUAGCGACCUGACGGUGCAGCUCUACGAGUUUGUCAUCUGGACACGGAACACGUCAAAUAUGAAACUUGUGGCAGAAAUGGUGGAGAAGUAUCCAGUUCAGCUGGACGACGCUGCUGAUACUUUACGGGUACAUCCCUACCUGUAUGAGCCCCUCAUCGACGAAGAGUACCACGAGGAUAUGGAGGAAGUUUGGAAGGGCAUUAAGGACCAGGAGAAUAAGGUCGUUAUGGAAGGGCUUCGCGGUUUCGUGAAGCGAUGGUGCCAAGCUUCGACACCCACUACUAAACUACGCAUAGAUCCGAUUGAGUGGGUCGAAGUUCCGCAGCAACUUGACUACGCGAGCUGUGGAGUGUUUGUUGUGGCACAGGCUUUCAGUUACGUACAUGGGAAUUUUCAAUGGUAG